AUGCUAAUUUCUCUGUCAAAGCCCUUCUGUGCUCCAUGUUCAUUCUCGUUGUUGCAUGUGAGGGUGUCUUCAGAGCUUCCAGAGAAUGCAAAAUGCAUGAUGGAUUGUGAAGCUUUUGAGAUUCUAGAAGGCAUCAAAGAACAACUUUAUGUGUUAUCUGAAGAUCCUACCAUAAAGACUCCUGUGUCUUUGGACAGAGGACUGGGAUAUCUGAAAUAUGGGGAGGAAGGAAAGAUCACUGAGCUUUUAGCAGAGGCAUUGACAAAGUUACCAAAGCUCAAAAGAUCUUCUUAA